UCCCUCCUAUCUCUGCGGGAGGUGGCAGAUAAAAGCCGCAGCACCGGCGGCAGCUUCUCAGACCCGCUCCUGGACCUGCUCCGCAUCUGGCCUACCUCCUCCUGGACUCGGACCCAGCCACAGCACCAGCACCAACCGCCGUGCCGGCAGCGCGCGGGACGCUCGCUGAUGCGCAGCUGCGGUUUCCGCUUCGGAAGGACUCGUGUUUGAUCUGGAGAUGCCGGUUCAGAUCCCGGACGACUCGGACUUCUCGUCGUUUAAGGAUCAGGUUCUGAGCGAGGACGGAUGGAAGAGCCGCUACAACAAGGGCGGCGUGACGGUGUGGUGCCGCGAGGAGGAGAGCAGCGCGGUGCAGAAGCUCAAGAUGAGAAUCGUCUGCAAAGACCUGCCGGCGGAGACGCUGUACGACGUCCUCCAUGACAUCAACUACCGCAAGAAGUGGGAUUCAAACAUGAUCGAGACGUACGACAUCGGUAGACUGACGGUCAACGCCGACGUGGGAUAUUACUCCUGGAGAUGUCCGAGUCCUCUGAAGAACCGGGAUUUCGUCACCAUGAGAUCUUGGCUUCCACUAGGCAACGACUACCUGAUCAUCAACUUCUCUGUCAAACACCCGAAACAUCCUCCUAGGAAGGACUAUGUCAGAGCGGUUUCUCUGCAGACUGGAUACCUGAUCCAGUCUAAUGGAGCCACCGGCUCCACCCUCUACUACCUGACCCAGGUGGACCCUCGAGGCUCUUUACCAAAGUGGGUGGUGAACAGAGUCUCUCAGUUUGUGGCUCCUAAGGCCAUGAAAAAGAUCUACAAGGCCGCUCUGAAGUAUCCGGAGUGGAAACGAAAACACAACCCGGCGCUGAAGCCGUGGAUGUUUCCGGAGCAGAACGCGCUGCCGCCCAUCAACCCGGCAGAACUGACCCUGCAGCGCGCCGACUCUCUGGAGAACAUCGAUGAAAGCGGCCUGAGCGAGGAGAAGACGCACCACAGCGACGACGAGGACAGUUAGACGUCUAAGUCGGACUCACCGUUUGUCCAAGACGGUUGCACACCAUCCAGAUCAAUGAGGUUCUGCUCCUCACUGCUGACCCAGGAGGUCUGAGGAGGUUCUGAGGGAUCCUGUGAUCCUAUUGUUCACCCAAUCAGGAGGAUAUCCUCAAUGUGAAAUGCAAUAAGAGAAAAACCAGCAGAAAAAGUCUGUAGAUGAAUAUUGAAUUUAUGUCAUAUUUUGAGGAAUAAAUGCUCAGAAUAGCAACAAUCCUCUAAAAUUGUUCUGGAAUUUAAAGAUUUUUAGUUUAUGUUUAGUGGGUAAAAUGAGCCGAUUUGAACCAUAAAUAAGGACAAAGUCUCCAGUGAAACUCAACCUAACACUUUUAUACUGUUUCUUUCUUCCUCAGUGUGACAGUUGAUCAAUAAAGUUCCAGUGACUUGAACUGA